AUGAGAAGAGAUCGUGGGUCUCAUGAGGUCCGUACACUCAUCUCAACCAUUGUUCUUCUGCUCUCGAUCCACAGUACUCUCGGCUUCUACCUUCCCGGCGUCGCUCCCGAGGACUUCCAAACGGGUGAUUCAUUGAAUGUGAAAGUGAACAAAUUGAGCUCGACAAAGACUCAGCUUCCUUACUCUUACUACUCUCUUCCUUAUUGUCGUCCACAAACCAUAGUUGAUAGUAGAGAAAAUCUCGGGGAAGUACUUCGCGGUGAUCGCAUUGAGAACUCCCCUUUUGUGUUUAAAAUGAGGGAACCACAGAUGUGCCAUGUUGUCUGUCAGCUGACACUUGAUCCCAAGACUGCAAAGGAGUUCAAAGAUAAGAUUGCCGAUGAGUAUCGGGUCAACAUGAUCCUAGAUAACCUUCCUUUGGUCGAGCCCAUACCAAGGUUAGAUCAAGAAGCUCCUCCUGUUUAUCAGUUGGGCUUUAAUGUUGGAGUCAAGGGACAACAUAGUGGAAGCAAGGAUGAAAAAUUUUUCAUCCACAACCACUUGACUUUUACUGUCAAGUAUCAUAAAGAUAUGCAAACGGACUCAGCGAGGAUUGUGGGCUUUGAGGUCAAGCCGUUCAGUGUUAAACAUGAAUAUGAAGGACAGUGGAAUGAGAAUACUCGUUUAACAACAUGUGAUCCUCAUGCACAACGUACGGUUUCUAGCUCUAACUCUCCUCAAGAAGUUGAAGAUAAACAAGAAAUCAUAUUCACCUAUGACGUCAAGUUCCAGGAGAGUAAUGUUAAGUGGGCUUCCAGAUGGGAUACUUAUCUUUUAAUGAGUGAUGACCAAAUCCAUUGGUUCUCAAUUGUCAAUUCUUUGAUGAUUGUGCUCUUCCUCUCUGGAAUGGUGGCAAUGAUAAUGCUGCGGACACUUUUCCGUGACAUCUCCAAGUACAAUGAACUUGAGACCCAGGAGGAGGCCCAAGAAGAAACAGGAUGGAAAUUAGUCCAUGCGGAUGUCUUCAGGCCCCCAAAUAACUCGGAUUUGCUCUGCGUCUAUGUUGGAACAGGUGUUCAGUUCAUUGGGAUGAUGCUUGUAACUAUGAUGUUUGCGGUCCUCGGAUUCCUCUCCCCUUCAAACCGUGGUGGGCUUAUGACUGUUAUGCUCUGUCUCUGGGUUUGCAUGGGAUUUUUUGCUGGUUAUGUCUCUGCACGAUUGUACAAGAUGUUUAAAGGAACAGAAUGGAAGAAAAUUGCUUUCAGAACCGCAUUCCUGUUCCCAGCCACUGUCUUUGCAGUUUUCUUCGUCUUAAAUGCACUCAUCUGGGGGCAGAAAUCGUCUGGGGCAGUGCCAUUUGGGACAAUGUUCACUCUGGUCUUCUUAUGGUUUGGGAUCUCGUUCCCACUAGUGUUUGCAGGCAGUUAUACUGGAUUUAAGAAGCCAGCAAUUGAGGAUCCUGUGAAGACAAAACAAAUUCCCAGGCAGAUUCCUGAGCAGGCAUGGUACAUGAACCCCAUAUUCUCAAUUUUGAUCGGUGGAAUACUCCCGUUUGGAGCUGUUUUUAUUGAACUUUUCUUCAUCCUCACAUCAAUCUGGUUGAAUCAGUUUUACUACAUCUUUGGCUUCCUGUUCCUAGUCUUCAUCAUACUCAUCGUCACCUGCGCUGAAAUAAGCAUUGUGCUUUGCUACUUCCAGCUGUGCAGUGAGGACUACCUCUGGUGGUGGAGGUCAUACCUGACAUCAGGCUCCUCAGCAUUGUACCUCUUCCUCUAUGCUACCUUUUAUUUCUUCACCAAGCUAGACAUCACAAAGCCAAUUUCUGGGAUGUUAUAUUUUGGGUACAUGUUGAUUGCUUCGUACGCUUUUUUCGUGUUGACUGGUACCAUCGGCUUCUAUGCAUGCUUCUUGUUCACCAGACUCAUUUACUCAUCAGUGAAGAUUGAUUGAUGAACAGAUUCAUGGAUGAGUUUUAUCAAGUGACAAUCAUGAGGUUAAGACUAGAAGCCAGGGCAUUCUGUGCCUCUCAGCUGUUGCUAGUAAUGCGAAUUUUUCAACAAUGUCAGCAUUAUCUUAUUGUGUUAGUGUUAUUAUUUACUGAAGUUUCUAAUACAGAUUGUAAUAGAGCUUGUAAUUCCUUUUUGAACUUUUGUUCCCUCCUGUUUCCUCCUACAAAAAUGUAGCCUAGCAAGUCAUUUUCUAAUGCCAAGUGAGGAGUACUUGACAUUCUAGACUGAUACUAUUACUGAAUUUUCAUAUUAAAUUUUUUGGAGCAAAUGAUGUGACAUUUUAGUAACUCACUUAUUGAUGGAAUUGGAUGGGGU